UGGAGGGCAGAGGGGAUGGGAUAUCUGGGAGUUCCGUCUGCAAGUCAUCUUCCAACAUAUCACAAUGAAUGAGACCGCAGUUUCAUUCGCAAAGGAUUUCUUGGCUGGUGGAAUCGCCGCUGCCAUCUCCGAAACGGCGGUUGCUCCCAUCGAGAGAGUCAAGCUUCUCCUUCAGGUCCAACAUGCCAGCAAGCGGAUCACAAAAGACAUGCAGUACAAGGGUAUCGUCGAUUGCAUUACCCGCAUUCCCAAGGAAGAGGGCUUCCUUGCCUUCUGGAGAGGUAACCUGGCCAAUGUCAUCCGAGCCUUUCCCUCCCAGGCCCUCAACUUCGCCUUCAAAGACAAGUACAAGACUUUCUUCCUUGACGGUGUAGACAAGCGCAAGCGGUUCUGGAGGUACUUCGCUGGCAACCUGGCCUCUGGUGGCGCUGCAGGAGCCACCUCCCUUUGCUUCGUCUAUCCUCUUGAUUUCACCAGAACCCGUCUGGGAGCUGAUGUCGGAAAGGCCAGAAUGAGGGAGUACAAUGGUCUAGCAGACUGCUUGGUGAAGACGUUCAGGUGUGACGGUCUGAGGGGUCUGUACCAGGGCUUCGCAGUGUCUGUACAAGGCAUCAUCAUCUACAGAGGUUCCUACUUCGGCAUGUAUGACACAGCUAAAGGAAUGUUGCCAGACCCCAAGAACACUUCCAUCUUAGUGAGCUGGGCAAUCGCUCAGUCUGUAACUACUGUGGCCGGCCUGACCGCCUACCCCUUCGACACCGUCCGUCGUCGUAUGAUGAUGCAGUCUGGCCAUAAAAGCGCUGAUAUCAUGUAUCUUGGGACCAUUGACUGCUGGAUGAAGAUUGCUCGUGAUGAGGGUGGAAAGGCCUUCUUCAAGGGAGGCUGGGCCAAUGUUCUCCGAGGCAUGGGUAGUGCCUUUGUGCUGGUUUUUUACGAUGAGCUCAAGAAAGUCCUCUAAAUUCCUUUUUUAAAACAUCACUGGCUAAGUGUAACACAAUUUUUCAUGCCUAUGGACUGCAUUCUGCCUUAUUUAUUUGAACCCUGCCUUCCUACAGUCUAUGGGUAGUGAUUAUGCGCCGGCCUCAGUUAGAUAAAAAGGGACCGCCUUGAAGCUAAACCAAAGGUUUACAUACUACAGGCCACUAAGUACACUGGUUUAAAUUAAGAUAUGGAUUUCUCACCAUUCCUGUAGAGUCUUAGUGGUCCCUUUGAUGACAUUUAGUGGACAUAAUUGCCCUAUCGCUAUGUUUUGACUACUGUGGCCCAUGUUUGCUGCCAUCUCGUGUGCUAUAUAAUGUGUGCCUCUCCAACUCUCACCAUUUUUCCCACUCAAGGCUGUAACUAAUUUGUAUUUUCUAAUACUUCUAACAUGGAACAAAGAUUUUAAAAUGAAAGCCUUUUGACUGCAUGGCCUUCGUCAGGGAAUACAAAGAUCCAAUGAGGUCUUCUUUUGAACAAACCUAGUCAGUCCAAUUUUGAAUAGAAUCUAAAUUGGAUCACAUUCACAUUUUCUCCUGACACACAAAUGGACUAUAAAUACAUAACGUUACCAAUUAGUUUACCCUGACCAGAUGGACAGGGCCGUUAGGCUGUAUGCACCUGCUCUUAUUAGUAGCCUACAGUUGACCAGACGGAAAAAUUGUCUCGUUUUCAUCCCAUACAGCAUGUCAGAUUUCUAAUGUUUAGGUGUAGCCUAGGCUGCGGCAACAUUUAUGUCAUGAGUUGCUUGUGUCUGUCCGGAGUGAUUAUGUGUCCUUUGCUAAAUAGAUGCAGGAGGAAAGUGCAAAGCCUACUUGAGCGCAAGUGAAAAAAUGUGCUGCGUCAACCUCUCUCUUUAAUCUAACGUUUAAUGGAUGAUGCGAUGGAAGCUAUCAAAUCAUUCAGAAUUGUUUUCGACAUCCCAGAAAAGAUGUUCAGCUUGUAAAGAAUCGUAACGUGCAAUUACAGGCGGCUUGAUGACAGACUCCCUGUUAACCAGCUAUACUUUUGAUACCAUUUGCUAAUGAAUGCUCUCACAUUUUCAUACUUCUUUAUGAAACUGAUCUCAGGCAGAGGUUGACCCUCGCUUUUAAUUCGCAUGAAAGGAGCUCUUCAACAAAAACUCCACAACAUUUUUGGCAGUGUUGGCCAUUCUACCAUUCUGGCAGAGAAAACUGCACACUCGCGCUGGUAGCUAGCUAGCUACUGAAGUUAGUUAGCUACUGAAGUUAGUGCAAUUUAUUUAAAGUUGCCUUGCUAUCUGGACACAAAAAUUAAUUAUCUCUUGUCAUUUGAAAAAAACUCAUUUGAAUUGAAUAAUGUCCCAAAAAUGCUCAACUAUCACUCUUAAUCUCUAUCCAACAAUGUCACCAAGCUUCUCAACCCCCAUAAUGCUCUGUGGCACAAUCCCAAUAAAACACACUAGGUUCGUUCUCUGAUCCUACAUCUAUGGUUGGAUGGACAACAUGUCAGUACAUACUGCAAAAGCUUUGAUUGUUUGGAGGACGUCCUCCAGAAGUGGUCAUAAUUACCAUGUACAGUGGGGAGAACAAGUAUUUGA